CUUAAAUUACUGUUUUAUCCAAACAGAAUUCUGCCGAUGAUGCAGUUAUGUGUUUCUUUUCGGAUCUGUGUUUGGGUUGCCAUUUAUUGUGGCCAAGAAGGAGCAAAUGUUGGAGCAAAAGAAGGAGAAAAAGAAGAAGAAGAAGAAGAAGAAGAAGAAGAAGAAGAAGAAGAAGAAGAAGAAGAAGAAGAAGAAGAAGAAGAAGGUGAAAAAGAAGGAGAAAGAAGGAGAAGAGGAAGGAGAAAAAGAAUGAGCAAAAGAUGGAGAAAAGGAAGGAGCAAAGGAAGGGGCAAAAUAAGGAGCAAAAGAAGGAGAAAAGAAGGAGCAAAAAGGGAGCGACAGAAGGAGCAAAAGAAGGAGUAAGCAAUAAGCAAAAAAGAAGCAAAAGAAGAAGAAGAAAUAGGACAACAAGGAUAAAAAUUGUGUUUAUUUUAAAAUGAUUUAAUACUAUUAAUCGUAAGCCUUUGGAUAUAUUUUUUCACACACUUGCACAUCGUAAAUUUUUAUCUUAAAAGGAUUUUUCAAGCUGAGACAAAAUAUCAACAUGUAAAACAUCCCUAGACCUUUUGCGCGCAUCAAAUUUUACUUCAACCGAGAAGGACAUUGAAACUGCAAAAAUGUCGAAUGGACAGGGGCAAAAAGGCCCAUUGUGUUAUAAUGUUUACAAGAGGCAAAUCUAUCUUUUUACGUGUCUAAAGUUACACAAAAGAAGCACAAGUGAAGAGGAAAAUGAUAGCCAAACUUUUGAAAGACCUCAGUAUGGUUGAAGGAUCUUCCAAUUGAAGCACAAUCACUCGGGGAGCAAAUUUAGCAUCUUGACAGCGGGAUGGCUUUGCUCCAGUGUCGUAGGGUCAGGUUGUAAUAAUACCUUGUUGCUAUUGAAAACAUUCACUUGAUGUUCCUCGAGAAUUCAUCUAAUUUACAAAAUAUUCACUUUAUUGUGAACAGUUUCAAAACAUGAAAGGAAUUAUCUGGGCACUUAACAUAUAUGGAACAAGCUGUUACGGCCUCGUUUAAUCUGAAAAACCUUUUUUCAGUCCUGAAAAGAAGAUUACUUUUCGCUUAUUGAAAUGUAAUUGAACUCUAGUGAAAAGAAUAAACGCUGUCAAUAUCUAUUCUGAACACUCAAGUUCACUAUUUACAUUUAAUUUUCUCAACAUUUCAAGAUGAAACUUUUAUCAAUGGUAGUGUGAAUUUCAAAUUAGCUUAAUAACAAUGGCUAAUUCAGACGUGUAUUGACGUAGCAAAGAUAUGUUUUGUUACCAUUAUGUUACAAGUGGGAAUAGGAUGGUUACUUUUUGUAGUUGUUUAGCAGUGUUUCUGUGUAAAAACACACAAUUACCUUUAUAAAUAUUGUCCAUUGAUUGAGUUAAAGACAGUCACCCCACAUACUGGAGCUCGUUCCCGAAGGUUGAGUACCUCCCAUUGUCAUUGUUGUACAAAAGAUAAAAGGCUUGUAAUUAGAGGCCUCGAGUGAAAUGUACACUAAUCUACACUAUAAACGCACACUCGGAACUCCUCGGCUAUUUUACAUCGAAAACAACCUCGGAUGUAUAUGGACGGUUUACAAUGUCAGAAACCUUUACCUUUAACUACGCUGCAAGUAGAUCGCGUAGUAAUUUCAAUUUAUCAAUUAAACUUAAUUUCUUUACUCAUGGAAAUCUUUAUUAUUUAUGCAAUAAUACACCUAACUGGCAAUCAAUUUAAACUUAGAUAUACAAAAUACACGUGAAAACACUACAGCUAAAUGAUACUAUCAUUUAAAUUUUACGAACUUCAUAACUUCUACUGAUGUACCGGCAGACAUCUAAGGUUGUUUUCGAUUGAUAAUGGCCGAGAAGCGAGUGAUUUUCAGCUGUUUUAUCAUUGUUACAAACAUAUAGUUCACAUUUCACAAUUUUAUAGAUGUUCUAUCAUUGCUACUAGCUUAUUGUUCACAAUUAACCGUUUUGUGCUACCAACAUUUUGUUCACAUUUCACACUUCUGUUACAAGCUAUAAAUUUAAACUAUGAUAUACAAAAUACACGUUGAAACACUAAAAUUAAUUAAUACUAUUACUUAUUUUUUAAGAACAACUUUUGCAUA